AUGACAGCUAGAGCUACGACUACUGAACAAGAAACUACAGCUAGAGCUACUACCAACGAACAAGAAGCAGAAACUACAGCUAGUGCUACCACGACCGAACAAGAAGCAGAAACUACAGCUAGAGCUACCACCACCGAACAAGAAGCAGAAACUACUACCACUGAACAAGAAACUGGAUCUGUUGAAUCACUUAAUAAGUGUGUUGUGAUAGUGCUUCGAUCGACACUUACUCUUGAUCCGGGCAAGAUUACAGGAUCUUCCAUAAUAGAGAAUAAGACCGGAUCUACAUAA